AUGUCUACAGAAGAUGUUGUAAUGAAAGAGGAUUUCCAAAUCAAACCGGAAACAGUCACUCCGGCCAAUAAUACAUCAGAGUGGCCAUUAUUGUUAAAAAAUUAUGACAAAUUAUUAGUAAGAUCAGGUCAUUAUACUCCAAUACCAUCAGGUUCAUCACCAUAUAAUAGAGAUUUAAAAUCAUACGUAUCAUCAGGUGUAAUAAAUUUAGAUAAACCAUCAAAUCCAUCAUCACAUGAAGUUGUAGCAUGGAUAAAAAGGAUUUUAAGAGUUGAAAAAACUGGUCAUUCAGGUACUUUAGAUCCAAAAGUUACUGGAUGUUUAAUUGUUUGUAUUGACAGAGCAACAAGAUUAGUCAAAUCUCAACAAGGUGCAGGUAAAGAAUAUGUUUGUAUUGUAAGAUUACACGAUCAAUUAAAAGAUCCAAAAGAAUUAAAUAGAGCUUUAGAAAAUUUAACUGGUGCAUUAUUUCAAAGACCACCAUUAAUUUCAGCUGUAAAAAGACAAUUAAGAGUUAGAACCGUUUAUGAUUCCAAAUUAAUUGAAUUUGAUAACAAAAGAGGAUUAGGUGUAUUUUGGGCCUCAUGUGAAGCAGGUACUUAUAUGAGAACUUUAUGUGUUCAUUUAGGUAUGUUAUUAGGAGUCGGAGGUCAUAUGCAAGAAUUACGUAGAGUUAGAUCAGGAGCAAUGAGCGAAUCAGAUAAUUUAGUUACAUUGCACGAUGUAUUAGAUGCACAAUAUGUUUAUGAUAACACAAGAGAUGAAUCAUAUUUAAGAAAAAUUAUUCAACCAUUAGAAACUUUGUUGGUAGGUUACAAAAGAAUUGUCGUUAAAGAUUCAGCAGUUAACUCUGUUUGUUAUGGUGCAAAAUUAAUGAUUCCAGGUUUAUUAAGAUAUGAAGAUGGUAUUGAAUUAUAUGAUGAAGUUGUAUUAAUCACCACAAAGGGAGAAGCCAUAGCUAUAGGUAUAGCACAAAUGACAACAGUUGAUUUACAAGGUUGCGAUCAUGGAGUUGUUGCAAAAGUUAAAAGAUGUAUAAUGGAAAGAGAUACUUACCCAAGAAGAUGGGGUUUAGGACCAGUUGCACAAAAGAAAAAACAAAUGAAAGCUGAUGGAAAAUUAGAUAAAUAUGGUAGAACUAAUGAAAAUACUCCUGAAAAUUGGAAAAAAGAGUAUAAAGAUUUAGAUGAACAACCAGCUCCACCAGUACCAGAAUCAAAAUUAAUUGCACCAACUCCGCAAUUACCUAAAAAGACUUUGAUAGAAGAAGUUGAAACAACCACCACCACCACCACAGAAGAAGAAAAACCCAAAAAGGAAAAGAAAGAUAAGAAAGAUAAAAAGGACAAAAAGGAUAAAAAGGAAAAGAAAAGAAAAGCUGAAGAUGAUAGUGAAAAAUCAGAAAAAAAGAAAAAAUCUAAAAAGGAUUAG